AUGAUCUGUUUCGAUAUCCACAAACCACAAGGUCCACAACCAAGCAAAUUCUUCUGUUUUUCCCACCAUCCAUAUUUGCAUAUAGUGAUAUCGAUAUACAGAACAAGUGUAUGUCACUCGAAAUUUGAAUUACAAAAUGUUGAAAUUCCCACUUUGUUGCAGUGAGUUAUCUUUAGAAUCGAAGAUUCUAGCUUUUGCUGCUCCCCUGACGACUUAUAUCUCGCAGACGAAAAGAAAGAUUGUUUUGGGACGAAGCGAUUCCAUCAAAGUUUCUGCAGCAAAAUCCGGAAAUUUUUCUCUUGGUUCGAUAUUCAAAAGUUGUGAGACUUGUGGAGCCAAAGGAGCAAUUGAUUGUCCCGGUUGCAAGGGAACAGGUAAAAAUAAGAAGAACGGAAAUAUUUUUGAGAGGUGGAAAUGUUUCGAAUGUCAAGGAUUCGGUAUGAAGAGUUGUCCUAAAUGUGGCAAGGGAGGGUUGACGCCUGAACAGAGAGGCGAAAGAUAGAAUUGUAUACUACUUGUUUCUCUUACACAAAGUUAAAUUUUGUGAUGAACAUGUUUUCUAUCUCUAUAGCUUUUUAGUUGUAUAACUUGCAAGUAUAGUAAAAGUUUAUCUUUUGGACAUAAUGUAUAUUUUCAUUAAGGCUUUUCAAAUUUGACAGACUAAAUAAAAAGAAAGUUAUAAAGGUUGUAUGGAAUCAUAA